AUGCACGCUCUUUCCUUACUAUGCACAAUCGAGAUCGCAUGUUGCGUUUCGACCGCACUCGCAGCGUCCGUCCCCGUCCAUAGCGAAUCCACAAAAUUAGCAGCUGGGACCCCACCCUCGCUCCCAUUUGCGGCCCUCGACACUGUGAACCUGACAACGCCCCAAACGUCGCCCUGGCCAAGAGCCCCCUGGGCCUACAAAAUCCCCGGCCACUCGCCCCAACACCUCGUCUUCGAAGAAAUCUCCGCCGAAGACACCGGUCUCGAAGGCCAGCAGUCUACGCUCCACGCCUGUGACGAGGUUGUCCGCUGGCUGUGGGAAAACUACAAGGCGGAUCAGAAUAUCGAUCACGCUGGUGUGCAGACGAGUACAUUCAGCGGCGAAAAGGAAGGCCAUGUGGUCAUUGUGUUUGUGCCCGUUACCGUGGGAGGCGCGAUCGACAGAGAGCUGGCGUUGGACAGUGUGAGAGCGUUGGAGAGCCUGGUGUGGAGGUACGGCGGGCACAGUUUGGAGUGCGAGAUUCUGUCGGGGGUGAAGCUGAAGGGGAGGAUCUCCAUUUCGAUCAAGGUCUCGAACCCGACGAGUGAGGUGCAUUCUGAUACUGGUAUUGAUACUGAUGCUGGGGCAACCAGCACGUCACAGUAG